AAGUCUUUAGAAUUGGGACUCUAUCAAAUGCUUUUCGGUUUUCCUUCUGUUUCUCUAGCAGAAUUUCUGCUGUCAUAUAUUUGAAGAGCAAAGAAAGAGAACUAGUUGAUGCAAUGUGGAGAGAACACAAGAACUCCAAAAACCUGGGGAAUUUAAGUGAUUUUACUCGUCACAAAGAUAGAAAACCUUGAAGAACAACUUAGAUAUGAAAGAAGAGGGAAACCUGGAAAUUUGGUGAAUCAAGUUUGAAAAGGACUAAGAGUACUGGUGAAAACAAGCACAAAAUGACUAAGAUCAAUGAUGAAAACAAGCACAAGAGAGGAGACUAGAGUGCUGCCUGAAUAUUCUUUUUUGCUUUGCAUCACUUCCUUUGGAUCUUGGUCUUUGGACUCUGGCGGUUUAAUUGGACUUGUUCUUGUUUUGACUUUUGGUAUUGUUUGGUAAUUGUGCAUGUUCUUUGCUCACUUAAAGGAGCUUUGCAAGGUUGUUGUUUUCAUAUUCAUUUUCUUUAGCACCUGCCACGUAAUCUAAGGAAAGGCUUUCAGAAAAUGUAUUGGAUGAAUCUAUUAUGUAGAAACCCAAUUGGCCGAUUCUCUAGGUGGCACAUGGUGUGGGAAUUGGAAUAAACAGUUAGGAUCAAUUUUUGUUGUGAGGGAAAUUGGGAACAAAAGAACACUAACCAAUUAGGUAGAUGCAAAAAAUGUUUAGAAACAAAUUUAGAAGGAACAAAUAGAUGGCAGUUUGGGAGAAUGAUCAGUAGGGGUUUUUAUAGAGCAAGUUUGGGGAUGGGGAUAGGGAUUAGGUAUGAAUGUGUUGAUUUUGUAGAGAUGCAAGGGUUAAGGAAUGAUUUUGUUAUGCGCAUUAUGAUAAAGAAAUGGAUCUAAGGCUUAGCUUAACGUCAAAAACUAGCUCUUGAGGGGAGGAUUGUCCAAGACCAUAGAAUGAGAUCAAAUCUCCCAUCCACAACUUAUGUGGGAGUUCUAACACAUUAAAAUACACAUUAUUUUAGCCAUGCAAAUUUUAAUUUGUUCAAUUAUUGAAACAGAUAAUAUUUGAUCUCUUCCUUCAACAACUUCAUGCUAAUAGUAGUAAAUGGCUCUUUAUACUGAACAUAUAUUUUUGGAUACUUCGGUCAUGACUUUCACAUUAUGUUAUUGAUUUGCAGGUCCAGAUAUUUGCACUUCUCGAUGAACCCAUCUUAGAUGCUAUCUGUGAGAGAUUGAGACUGAAAACAUACAUAGCAGGAAGCAAAGUUUUAUACCGUGGUGGUCUGGUUGACAAGAUGGUUUUCAUAAUUCGGGGUAAGAUGGAAAGCAUUGGAGAAGAUGGAAAUGUGGCCUUCUUGUCUGAAGGGGAUGCCUGUGGGGAAGAAUUCCUCACAUGGUGCCUUGAACAUUCUUCUAUAAACAGAGAUGGAAAAAAGAUCAGAAUUCCAGGACACAGAUUGCUGAGCAACAGACUAGUUAGGUGCCUAACAAAUGUUGAAGCCUUUAUAUUACGAGCUGCAGAUCUUAAAGAAGUCACCAAUCUUUUCGCAAGAUUCUCGAGGAGUCCACGUGUUCAAGGUGUCAUAAGGUAUAAAUCUCCAUAUGGGCGGCGGCCAGUACCAGUUGCCUGGAGAUGCAAGAAGAAACGUCAAAGCCGAGCAGACUCUUCCAGCCCCCGACACUAAUAUAUCAAUCUUAAACUACCUUAGUAUAAUUCAUUAGUUCUUCUGAAUACAUUUUAAAAUAUUUGCAAAUUGUUUCUGUAUAUCUAUUUCUACGUUUUGUAUGUAAUAUAUAGUAGUUGUAAUCAGAAUCGGACUGAAACUUUGUAUUGAAAUAACAAAUAUAUUAACCCCAGACGAACGGUUUAUAAUGUU